CUCGUCAUCACACAACAAUUCCUCUCUUCGAUUCAACACGCGAGGACGUCGACGGGAUUCACCGAUUUCUGCCCACAGGGCAUCAGACCAAUUCUCCCAGGGCGCAGGAGAUCAUCAAUGGAUUCUCUAACAGACGACAUGUUGGCCAUCGUUCUUGGGUGCUUGAACAGAGUGGUGGACCGGAACAACGCUGGAUUGGUUUGCAGAAGGUUUUACGAUGCAGAGAGAGUUUUGCGCACGGAGAUUUGUGUGGGUUGUGAAAUGAAUUCGCCCAGAUCUGCCAUUGCUGCCCUGUCAACUCGAUUCAUCAAUCUAUCGAAGGUGAAGAUUGCGUAUCCGAGGUGGAUUUCCAGCAUGGGCAACCAAGUUGAUGACAGUGCGCUGAAAAUUUUGUCUCAAAAUUGUCAUCAGCUCUCAGACUUGUCGCUUGUGUUCUGUUGCUUCAUAACCGAUGUCGGCAUGGGAAACCUCACGCUCUGUAAACGGUUACAGAGCGUUCGACUCAAUUUCCUACCUUGUGUAACUGGGCGCGGCCUCUUGUCACUGGUCUCCGGAUGUAGGGAUUUGACGCUUUUUCACAUCGAGAGUCUGGUGAGUGUGAGAACAGUCGAGUGGCUCGACUUUCUUGGCAGGAAAGGAAAUAUCCAAAGCUUUGCAGUCAAAAAAUGCAGGUGUGUCGGAGACCUUGAGCUCAGGAGACUCGGUCACAGGGGAUGGCACAAUUUACAAGAGUUUUCCUUCGAGGUCGAUCUAAUUCAUGGUAUCGAAGGAAACACGUACGGAUAUAAUGGUCGGCAAGCCGUUCUGUUGAAUUCUUGGAGCAUGGAGGAUACGCAAGUAGACGAUGGGCCGCAAGAGCGGUUCCCGUAUCUGCAAACGCUUUCCUUGACCAAAUCUCUCUCCCAAUUGGGUACAGGUUUGUAUUCGCUGAUGUUUCAGAGUUCUUCGCUUCGUCACCUGAGACUCGACACCUGUAUUGGAUUGAGCGACGAAGACUUACUUAUGAUUGCUCAUAAUUGUUCUCAGCUUUCUUCCCUUUAUCUGAGGGCACCUAUGGGCCAUCUUCAUCUUCAUCCUAUGAAUCCACUGCUUUCUGAUGUCGGAUUAUUGGCUGUAGCUCAACUCUGUUCGAACCUUGAAACCUUAGAGCUUUCAGUCUGGGAAUUCGAUCCAAGUCCAGUGUUCUCAAGUGCAGGUAUAGCGGCCAUGGUGGAGAACUGUUCAAAUCUUAGAAGGUUGAUACUCACGUCUGCUAUCCAACUUUCAGCUCAAGUGAUAACUGCCGUGUUUAGGUCAAUUAGUUUGAAGUCUUUAGAGCUUGUACGAUGCCGUCUUUUAUGUUUUGAAGAUUUGGAAAUUGUAAAUAAUUCUGUUCUAGAUGAGCUCAUAAUCCGAGAUUGUGACGAUCCUGAUGCAUGCUUUGAUACCCUUAGGCGCUGCAGAAGGUUGAGAUGCCUCACUGUGGAUAAUUGCCCCAAUGUCGAUAGGGAAGGGUUAGUGGCCCUAGCAGAUGUUGUAUACUACAAUGGUACUCGCAUCCAUUGAGCUCUGCAAAAGCUCUCCUUGUAAAUGGCUGCAGACCUUGGCUUGCUUUGAGUAAAAGUGAAUAGUUAAAUGUAGAGUGUGUUCAUCAUCCAUUCGUUUGUCCCCGAUAUCAGGAGGUCAGGAUUGGUGCGGCUAUGAACAAGCUUCGCUGUCGUCUCGGGAAGAUCUUCCCAGUUUUGAC